AUGAAAGUGCUUGUUGCAUUAUAUUUAAAGAAAAAAGGCAUCAUAGUGUGUGCUGGUAACGCGAUUCCGAGCAAACCAGGCGACAACAGUCACUAUGUAGAGGGGGAGAGCUGCUACGUGUGGAUACCCGACGGUGAGGGAGUACCCCGCCUUGUUGAUCUUGAAGAACCAGCGGAUAAAAGCUUUUUAAACGCUAGAAAUGGUGCUAACAAUGCAUAUUGGCUAUUUACGAGUGGAGUGGAAGUGUGGAGUGGAAUAUUUGGCCUUACGACUGGUUCAAAGUCGCCUUUUUGAAAAGUCCCCAAUUUCUGCUCAAUCAUCGUGAGAACACCUAAAUUCAAAUUAAAAUUCAAAUUAUAUUUAUUUGCAAGAAUGUAGUUACAGAUUCUAGAUGUUUUAAUUACUAAAAGUAAAAGAAAGUAAAACUAGUCGCAUAUUUCACAAUCUAUUUGUUAUGGAAAGGAAAUAAAUGAAGCUGUCUGAAAUUUGGCUAUUAUUUUAUUAGCAGGAUAAA